CUGUUCGGGGGAAAGUACCGCGUUGUCUUCCUAUUACAUGUAAUCCAGUGCUGAGUGAGGAUGUGCCGGGGUUGGGGUGAUCGCUAAUAUUCCGUUGGGUGCAGCUUGUGAGAAGACUCUCCGCAGCCGUCCUCCCCCCGCACAGGGAAAAGAUGAUCCCCAGGAUAUAGAGGAAGGCAUUAUUAACACUCGAAUCGAUCCAGACCAUGGCUUAUUGUGAAGAGGCAUCAAAGACCAUUGACCGGUUAAGAAGAAAGCUCAGCAAGAUUUCAGAGGAUGAUCUGGGCCACCUCAGUAAUAAGCUGAGCUUGCUGGACUUCCUUAAAUCCCAAGAUGUCCAACCUGGCUCUGUUGUAUGGAGCACGAGAGAUAAAAUCGAGGAGUUCCUCAACACCAUCGUACAGCGAGGAGAGUCCAUCUGCCGGAGAUUCCUUUUCCAACUUGAGGAUAUAAUUCUUCAAUUCCCAGCCUUGUCUGACCUCUCCAAUGCAAAAAGGAAAACCUUCAGGGAAAUACUGUCUCAGCUCGGAAUGGAGAACUAUGAAAGUCAUGCAAUAACUCUUAGUAAAUUGUUGACCAUUGGACAAGAGAAUUUGGAGCCAAUUACUUUCCAGACAGUGAAGGACACUCCAUGGUUUUUCCUAAGGAUGCUCAUGUCUCUAAAUAUGAAGGCACGCAAUACAGAGCCUAUACAAUCAAACCUGAGCGGGAGCUCUGAUCAAGAAAUGAAUGAAACUGACCAUUUAGGCAGUGUCCAUCCACUUGACGUCCUAUGUACGAUCUUGCAUUGUUCUGACGGGUUCCUACAACAGGAAAUUGUUUCCAAAAUGUCCAUGUGUCAAUUCGCUAUCCCCCUGCUGCUCCCUUCUUGUGAUAGCCCACACUGUACCUUCUUGUUGUGGGCAAUGAGGGACAUUGUGAAAAAAUGGAGACCCCGGUCUCUAGUAGAUAGGAAAGGAUUCAAGGAAGCACAUUUAGUCAACAUCUCCAUGCCUAUCUUCUCCUUUGUGAGACUCGGGAACUGCAGUUUGUCCAAAUCAGCCAUUUUAAAUCAUAUUAUCUCCUCUGCCCAGAGGCUGUUUCCCUUUUUCAUCCAUAGGAACUUGGAAGGUGGGAACAUCUCUCGAAAAAUCUCAGACGGCUUAGUGGAAACCUCCUGGUACUUCCCUUCUGGCCAAGGGAACUCAGAUGUUUUUCCUGAGCCCUUUAUGGUUAUGAACCUGCGAGGAGAUGUAUCAACAAACUCGACACAGUUUGCCUUUCUUAGGGAGAUUUCUACAGCUGUUUUCAUAUUUGUCGACAGUAUAGGUGAGAAUGAGUACCAGGCGUUAUCGAAGAUGGGAGAUGCUCACACCGAAUAUUACAUUGUCAUAUCGAAUGCUUCCGGACCGAUUACCGUUACUCGGGACUACCUAAAAAAACUUUCUCCAAGUCUUAGAAUACAGGAAGGCCGGGUGCUUUUAAAAAAGAGAAAUGUUACCCAUUCCAUGUUGGUGAAAAAGUUACAGCGCUCCUCUGCCCUCACCAAAGAUGGCUGUGAGGUCAGCUGGUUGGCAGUGUCAAAUCUUAAGCUCUAA